AUGGCGCGAACGAAACAACGAGCCCCCCUGCAAAAGACACCAUCGUCAGACGUCAUGGAACGACUGAGUGACCUGCCAGAUACGAAUGCUAAUAUUCAAAAUGGUCAUUCUACACCAUCCAAUUCCAGCGCAAAUGGCAGCGCAAACCCAAAGGCAGAAGCAUCUGAAAUCGAGGAGCAUAGUCCCGGCUUGAUUCAGUUGGCCAUUUGUGUUGGCGGAAUUUAUGCUUCUUUCCUUCUAUGGGGUCUUUUACAGGAAGCCAUCACAACUACAUCCUAUCCGGUCGACGGCGCCAAAGGAGAAGCAGAGCCGAACGAGCGCUUCACAUUCUCGAUCGUUCUCAAUACCAUUCAAUCGUGCUUCGCGGCAGUGACGGGCUCCUUAUAUCUAUUACUUGCCACACCAAAGGGACAGGCGGUGCCAUCGAUCUUUCCCAAUCGACAGAUAAUGUUUCCCCUGAUCCUCGUUAGCAUCUCGUCCUCGCUAGCAUCGCCCUUCGGCUACGCCGGUCUACAACACAUUGACUAUCUGACCUUCAUCCUCGCCAAGUCAUGCAAACUACUCCCCGUGAUGCUUCUUCACUUGACCGUCUUUCGGAAACGAUAUCCCUUGUACAAAUAUGCAGUGGUCAUGAUGGUGACACUCGGAGUCGCAACUUUCACACUGUAUCAUCCCGGAACUUCGAAGAAGAUGGCUGCUUCGACGCACAGCGGUCAGACCGCUUACGGAUUGUUCCUCUUGUUUAUUAAUCUGAUGCUUGAUGGCCUCACCAACGCCACGCAGGAUCACGUAUUUUCAUCACCAAGUCGAUAUACGCGCUACACAGGGCCGCAGAUGAUGGUUGCGCAGAACUUUCUCGCAACUGUGCUGACAACUGCGUACUUGCUCUUCACACCGUACUUGACAGAUAACGGACCCAUCGUCUCCAUGUUGCCAUUCCAGAUCCCACCCUCGGCCGGUCUGGAAUUGUCAUCUGCCAUUUCAUUCUUGCAACGUCAUCCGCAAGCCCUAAAACACGUCUUGGGAUUUGCUGCAUGUGGUGCGGUUGGUCAGGUUUUUAUCUAUUAUACUCUGUCCAAAUUCUCGUCAUUGCUCCUUGUCACUGUGACUGUUACCAGGAAGAUGCUCAGUAUGAUUAUCAGCGUGUUCUGGUUCGGACACUCUCUGACGCAUGGACAAUGGCUCGGUGUGCUUCUUGUCUUUGGAGGUGUGGGCGCCGAAGGUAUUGUGCAGAGGCGAGAAAAGAAGGCAAAGGAGGCCGCUAAACUGAAGAAGAAGCUCUAA